UUGGGUUUCGCUCACUUUAGCUUUUGCUUCUUCUUCAUCGUCUUCGUCUUCGUCGUGUGGCGUUGUAAUCCGAAGACCAUCUCCCCGUCUUUGAGUCAAUCCCAUUCACCCUCGACUUCACGAGCUCCCAUUUUCCCUCCUCAUCUAAUCAAACCCACGGUUUUACAGUUGCGUAGGACUCACCGCGCGACGCAAGAGCAGCGGCAAUUCCGUUGCGGGAAUCUGUUGCUCUUGCUCGUCAUUGGCAUUGUGCGGUGGACGUGAGAUUUUCUGAGUUUACGUCACGAUAGAGGAGGUUCGAAACAGCGUUUGUUUGCAGGGGUGAACUUUGGUUUAUUUAUUUUUUUAAUUUCAAGUUUUUGGGUUGGUUUUUCGAAGUGGGAUUGAGAUUUUUGGAGGAGUGGGUUGGGAAUUUAUUGAGUUAGUUGUAAUUGAUAGCCGACGCUUGCUAUCUGCGUGGUGGGAAUUAUCAUGCGUAAGCGAGUGGACUAUUGCGACGAGCUUCUGCUCCAUUGAUAAUUUUUUGAAGACCCUGGUUUGCGUUGCUGCCUACCUGCAAGGUUCGUGGUCAUGGCUGUCUUACAUAUGAGUCUGCAAGGGAGGCUGGAUGGAUGUCAGCCAGUAGAGAUAAGUAAAUCCCUAAACAGGAGUUCUCUGAAGCAUUCCUCUGUAUUGCUUCAUAUGAUUGCCCCACCAAGGCAGUCUUUGCAGGUCAUUACGCAUGCGGUGGCUGGCAUUGUUCCAGAAACGAAGAAGCAGCAGGGUUUGGGAGAGACAUCGUCUAGGGUAGCUAGGAAACAAUUGAAAUGGGAGAAAAUGAUGAGGGAGAUCGAAGUUUCAGGCUCAGCAGUUGGAGUUUUAAGUAGUCGAAAAGAAGAUGGAAAGGUCUCAAAGGGUGAUGUUCUAGGAACGCUUAUUAGAUUACGACAGCUCAACAAGUGGACUAUGGUUCUAGAGGUUUUGCUUUGGCUGAAGCAGCAGGAUUGGUGGAAUUUUGGUAUUCAUGAUUUUAAUCUGAUGAUUGCCGCUUAUGGAAAGUUGGGCCAACCGGGAAUUGCUGAAUUAAGUUUCACGGAGAUGCGUGAGGUAGGAUUGGAACCAAAUGUAGCAUGCUUUACGUCGCUUCUUGAAGCCCAUGCACGGACUGGUAAUUUUGUCCGGGCUGAAUCAAUCUAUCAAGAAAUGCUGAAAACGGGCCCUGCACCUACAGAGGUCACUUAUCAAGUUUACAUUAAUGCGCUGUGCAAGGCGGAGCGCUUCAACGAUGCGGAGAGGAUAUUCAAAUGUUUGGAUGAGAGUGCUGAGGCAAAACCAGACGCUCGCUUGUAUAAUCUUAUGUUGCACACUUAUGGAAAGGCCGGGAAAUUUUCAGAGCAACAGGCUCUUUUUCGACAGAUGAAGGGUGCAGGUGUUCCUAUGACAGUAGUUACAUUCAACAGUUUGAUGGCUUUCCAAAAGACUGUUGCAGAUGCUGAGGCUUGUUUGCGACAUAUGCAAGCUGCCAAAAUCAAACCAGAUGUCAUAACGUAUACUGGAUUGAUCAAUGCCUAUUCCAAGGCACGGCGAGUUGAAGAAGCGCAUGUUGUAUUUCGUGAAAUGGUUGCAUCUGGUUUAAGACCCUCAAGAAUAGCAUACAAUACUCUCUUAGAUGCAUACGCAAAAUGCAAAGAAGUUGAAGGAGCAGAGAGCCUUUUUAAGAGUAUGGGACAAGAUAGGUGCCGCCCCGAUAUACGUUCGUAUACAACAUUGUUGGCUGCUUAUGCCAACACUGGAAACAUGAAAAAAGCAGAGCGAUUGCUGAAAAGGAUGAAACAGGCUGGUUUAGAACCCAAUGUAGUAACGUAUGGAACGCUUAUGCAAGGCUACACAAGUGUGCAUGAUAUCAAUGCAAUGCUCCAAACCUUCGAGGAUCUACAGAAGGCAGGCAUUAAGCCGAAUUCAACAAUCUUCACCUUGUUGGUACGGACAUUCGGCCAGCAGGAAGACUUCGAGAGUGCACUGUCCUGGUUUAAGAAAAUGCUGGAUUCUGGCUGCCCAGCUGAUCAAAGGUCAAGAGCUGCCCUUAUGGAUGCUUGUCAAACUAGUGAACAGAAACAGGAAGUACUAGAAUACUUCGGCAGUUUGCCUUAAGUUGAAUUUGGCUAUCUUGCAAAUUAUUAUACACAUCACUUUAGCUGUUAGAGUCUCAGUUUUUAGAGGACUCAGCUAUAUAUUAUUCACCGCAGAUACCCACCUGGUGAUAGCUUAUGAGAUUGACUUACCAAAUGAUUCGAAACAUUUCUAAUCUGCAAGGUGAACCACGGCUUUAGUAGGUCAGAUUAACGAGCUUUAGUGUCAACUGAAUAUAUAUUAUUGGAUUUUGAUGGUGCAAAUAUGGUAUUGUCAAGACCUAAUUGGUUUUGAGAUAUUUCAGGAAAUAAAAGCUGUGCUUGAUGUCAUUAUGCAAA